AUGACAGGCUUACCUGAGUCUGUCGAAAACUUUUCUGAUAUUCAAGAUGUUUUUACUAUUUUUAAUACUCGUGAACGACGGCGGAUCCAAGGAAUAGAUAAUACGUCCAAUACACUUUCGAAUAAUCAGCACAACAUACUUAAAAUGCAUACCACUGAAUUAAAAUCAAAAAUUGAUCUCGAUCUUUUCAAUACAGCUCUAGAAAGCUGGACUAAUACAAUUGCUAGAACUUUCCCUUCCCCACAGACAUCAAAAGAACUUAAUCAAUUUUACCAAAUAGCCAAAAACCCAGAAAAGGAUACAUUUUCGUUAGAAUCUAUCCAAUUUUCUCUUGUACCAAAUCCUGCAUUAGAUAUUCUAGCUUCUUUGGUACCUUUCCAUGAUGAAAAAUCUGAUCUUUCUUAUCUUCACAGCUCUUCCACCAGUGACUCUCAAAUACAAUCAUGGUCAGAUUUUUCCCAGUUUUGGGAACCAGUUAUGAACUCACCGCUUUGUUUACUUCUUCUUCCGCAACUCCUGUGUCGAGUUUCACAAAUAUAUUCACCAUAUACCGGAGCAGCGCUUUUCUACUAUGUGAAUAGAGGUGAAGUGCAAGAAAAGUUACGCUACUCCCGACAAAUAAGCACAAUGUAUCAGCGAAGCGUAAACUGUGGACUGAACGCACUCAUUGGAUUUCUAACGCCCGUCCCUCGAGCUCAAAAUCAGCGUCAAGGUGCGAUUACCAGUCCACAACAGUUGAUUAAAGGUCCCCAGGAUAUGGCGAAUAUUAAUCUGAUAUACGAUCUUAUUGAACAAACCGAACUUGAACCUCCAAUUCUAUCGAUUUUUUCCCAAAAUAUUCAAAAGAUUUUCCCGGAAGUUCCCAAACAUCAUUUGAAGGAUUUUUAUGCUCUUCUUAUUUCGAAAAAUCUUCGACUCGAUAGAAGGCAUUAUAAUUAUCUUAUUGAUCAGUUGCUUAUCAAUGGCACAGAUGCUGAAAAAUCUUUGGUAAUGAAUACCGAUAAUUACCUUCACCGAGUCGAAAAAGAAAAGGAAAAAGAAAAAGGCGAAAGUAGUGAAAAUGAAAGUUUUAUUCGACCUGCCUUUAACCUGCAAACAUAUUCUCAGAUUCUCAAAACAGCAAACAAGAUGAAAAACGAAGCUCUUGCGACAUUUAUUAAAGACAAAGUUUUGGUCAAUUACAUUGUGAAAGAUCCUUCAAAGCUUCAAGAUGUGGCACAGACAGUUCUUCGAUCCCUAGUUGAUUCUGGAAACAUUCAAGAUAUUGCUGCAAUGUAUGAAUACCUUUCAAAACUUCCUGGUUUCAAGCCAACCGUCGACACAUAUGCAUCUCUCUUCAGAGGGUUCCGCAAGGCCUCAACCACCAUUUUAGAGUCCGAAUCUCGGUGCUUUGAAAUUUUAAAUAUAAUACAUUCUAACGGCUGGGACAUACCCUUGACUUUAUGCACGGAGAUAUUGUCACUCAUAAAAGAAAAAUAUCACAUGUCUAUUUUUUAUGAGUAUUAUCAAUCAUACUUUGGAUUAAACCACCUGAUAGAAAAUAAUCUAGGAAUUGAUUCUUAUUUUGAAGAGAUUUCAGUGCCUCCAGGACUACCACGACCUCCUCAUGAAGCUUCUAUUUCACCUGAAAGCUCUAUUAAUCCAACAUUUCAGUAUGAUUUUAAUUCAGUUGCCUUUUGCUUACUUUAUGAAACUAUUCUUUCAAAUGUGGAACACAUCCAACAGCUUCAAUUUUUAUAUAUUAAGUUUCGAGAAUCGCAGUACUAUAACGAUCCUAGCGUUUACAUAUCUGUCAUUGAUAACUUUGUUCGUGCACUGACUACACGGUUCCAGACUCCUGAAGCUGUUAAUUUUGCGCGUGCAAUUGUCGAAGAUUUGGUAUUUAAUAAUGCCUCGUUUAAACGCUUUGAUUCGGCUUUAACUAGGGAAUCUUUUGGCGAAAAUCCACCGCCACCCCAAGAAGUGUCAUCAAGUAAUACCACAAUUGUAAAAACGGCUUCCGGUGAAAGUAUACUGCUUAAUGGAACUCCGCCUGCAAAAACAAAUAUGCCCUCCAAAUUACCAACAAGAUAUGCUGGACUCCGUUUACAAUGUUUUGGAUUGCUUAUUAACCAAUACUGUGAGACUGAUAACAUUGAGGCUGCUAAAGAAGUUUUGAAGCUUUCAUGUCUUUAUUCUCCUAUUGUGCACGGGAAAUACUUUGAGCCUAUUAUUGAGUAUUAUAUUUUGAAAAAUAAUAUUGAAAUGGCUCGUACUUGGUAUGAUGGCGCUACUAAACUUGGUGCUUAUAUAACCAAUAAGGUACUGCUAGAUGCUUUGGAAAUCGAUCAGAAAAAUGAAAAUUCAGAUUUUUGA